AUGGGCAGACGGAAGAAGAAUGUACCUCAAUUUGAGGCAUGGUGUUGGUAUUGCGAUCGAGAAUUUGAAGAUGAAAAGGUUUUACUACAACAUCAAAGGGCAAAACAUUAUAGAUGUCCAUAUUGUCCUAGAAGGUUAAACACAUCAGGAGGAUUAACUGUUCAUCUACAUCAAGUUCAUAAAGCAGAGCCAACAACAAUAGAGAAUGCAUUACCUGGAAGAGAAUCAUUUGACAUUGAAAUUUAUGGCAUGGUCGGGAUACCCGAAGCAGACUUGACUGAAUGGCAAGAAAGAAAAGCCAAAAGAGGAGAAAAUGGAGCACAAGGAAGGGUUGGCAAUGGCGGAACAGGAAUACAAAGACCUAAGAUUGAUAAAGGUGUUAUAAGCAGAGAACAAUUGCGGAUACAGCUGGAAGCACACAAAGCCCUUAUGAGCGGCAAAGCACCUCCGCCUGGAACAGCACAAGCUUUGUUCGGAUUCGCACCACCUCCGGCCAUGGGCUUUCCACCAAAUGUUCCUCCGCCGGGCUUCAAUCCUAGUAUUCCACCGCCUCCAUUGAUGUCUCAGAGACCACCACCGUUUAGUGGACCACCUCCCUCGCAUGGUCAAGGAACACAGCCG